UUCCUUUUCUCGAUAGCCCACACGCAUCCACUUAACGUCGUCGCCAAGCAAGCGAAGUACGCAGGCAAACAGACCUCGCCCACCUCACGCGAGCGGGACACAGACGCCGCUUUCGACUGGGUAAAACGCCCGAGAGAACCUCGACAACGACGACUAGCCGGCUAAAGCACACAGCGGCGGCUCAGCUUAGUUCCUCUCUCUUCACUCUUCUCAUCAUCCUCAGAUUUGACAUUUACACGACGGCGAUGAAGAAUUGAAGAGCAUCGUCUACACAGCAUAGAUUCACCCAGACUCGCGCGCGUCAUGCCGUCCUCUGCUGAGGCAUCAUCGUCGCGCUCGCCGCCGACAUCACCAAAGCGAGCGCCGGUACCACGAUCAAUCUCAUACGGCAGCUCAACUCGAUCGCCCCCAUCAUCUUCUCGACCUCUCAAUCCUCCGCAAUACUCAUACGCGGGCGAUGGGGAAGGCGCUCACGCCUCGUCCUCAUACAACGCCUCGGGCUCUCUAGCAACUCGCACGCGAUCUCGCUCCGUCGGCUCAAAGUCUCGCGAUGCUGCCGUCGUCCCACUAGAGGAGCACGCGCAGAUAGGCCAUGCAUUGGAUCGAGGGCCGGGCACGCCUGACUUCACACUAGGCGCAGCAGCAGCAGCAGGCUCGCCGUCCUCCUCACCCACGAGGAACCCCACCAAGGGCAAGGGCAGGCUCCAGGAUAUCAUGCGAGAUGGAGGUGAUGGUGGAGGGCCAUCUGCGCCUGUGCCCGAGACUGCUCGCAGGCCGCGCUUGACCACUCGAUUGAGGUCCUUCUUUACCUCCUCUCCUGAUACCUCGACGCCGCUCGCCGACUCGGACGCAGGGCCACCCAAGGCUCGCACCAGCAACGAGUACGAGCGCAACAACGGAGCGCCUCUGUUGCGCCCGUCGCCUCUCGUCGUACCCUCGGCGAGGCAAGCUGGCAUUCAGCCCUUUGGACUCCACGGCCUCAAUGACGACUCGCCCCCGCUGACGCCUACGAGUGAUGAAGGCUACGAAGGUCGGGCAAAGGGGCAUGGCAAGUGGCCCAGCUGGGCGCCUCAAGGCAACUCUUCGUCCGAGCAAAUGUUGACGCCGCCCUUGACGGCUUCGAUGCCGGCCACCAGUCGUACAGACUCCCCAGCUCUGUAUGCGUCCUCAGCUAUGAGCCUAGGCACGGGCGGCGCUCUUGCCUCAGAUGGACUCCUACCACGCAACAUUGCCAGCCAUGGAGUAUCGACUACGCCACGCCGAGCCUUUUCGAUGCGUGACGUGACGGCCCAGUUCGAGGCGGGCCUGCGCUCGCGCUCUCUGCGGCAACAUAUGCCUACCCUUCUCAUGCUUCUCACUUUUUUCGUCUUCUCGACCCUGGUCGUCGUGCUCCUUCUCACGACGCUACCCCUGCGCAUGCCGUCACACAGCCUCACGCAGCUGUCCCUCUCAGAGAUGCGGGACCUCUGCCUCUCGCUACGGGACUACGCCUCGUCCAACUCGCACGCAUACCAUCACACGCUCUUCGUGCUAUGCUUGUUCUUUACGUACAAGCAGGCAUUUAAUGUGCCGGGAAGCAUUGUCUCCAACAUCGUCUUCGGAGCGCUGUUCGGCACAUGGCGCGCUGCCAUCUGGCUCAGCAUCUUCACGGCCAUCGGAGGCUCGGGAGCUGCAAUCAUGAGCGCGCUCGUCGCCCCGCUUGUCCUCAAGAUGCCCGGCAUGACCAAGGCCGUCGGCGUGAUGCGCAAGGCUUUAGGCGGAGGCGUGGGUACCACAAGCCAGCACAUCCCGCUGUCUCGGAGAGGGUCGCGCGACCAGUGCCAGCAGCGCAGGCGUCAGCACAAUCGAUCAGCGACGCCUUCGAGGUCGAGGCCCCGCAGCGCCUCGCCGUACCCCGCACGCGCCAACUCGAAGGGGUCGGGGGGUAGCAGCAGCGGCAAUCUGUACUCGAUUUUGCUCCUUCUCCGAGUUCUGCCUCUCACCCCGUAUGGAGUCAUGAACAUCGCCUGCGGCAUUCUCAACGUACCGCUGCUGCCCUUCGCAACGACGCUGGCAUUGGGUUCCCUACCCUGGAACGCUGUAACAGCCCAGCUCGGUGAAAUCCUGGUCGAGGUCGUCGCGGCUCUACCCGUCGAUGCGGCCCUCGCAGAUGCCACCACCACCCUAGGCGAGCAGCUGGACGCUGGCGGUUUCCACGACGCCCCCCUGAACCCAGCAGUGCUACACGAUGUCCUUGCAUCCGAGAGGACGAAGCUGACCAGCGCGGCGCACAAAGCCGGCGGCGGACUCAAGAUCCUCAUGGCCAAGAUUUGGACGAGAGAGAUGCUCCUCAAGCUCGUUGGACUCAGCAUGCUGUCCUUGGCGCCUGUGCUGCUCGGAAGGUGGUGGAAGGCUAGGCAAGCGGCGCUGCAGAAGAAGCGGCGAGUUGAAGCUGGGGAGACCAGAGCGCGGGAAAUGGCUAGGGCGGUGAAUGCCAAGAAACAGCAUUUGGGUGCGGAUGAAGGUGUCGGGCUGGUCAUGCCUACGGCGGGGGCCUCUGCAGGCGCCGACCUGCCCUCUUGGGUCAAUCAAUCGUCAGACGAUGAUGCCAGCGGCCUAGAAGAAGGCGAGGGGGAGGGCGGCGAGACCUGGGAAUUCGACAGCGACUUUGACGAUGACGACGACUACCCAGGUAGCGAGCCCGAUGACGGGGAGAGCGGUUCAGCAGAGAGUCUCGCCUCGCCUACCUCAUCGACUCUGGGCAGUUUCGCAGCCAGCGUGGCAACUAAGACCUCACACGUCGGUCCAGCACUGAUUGCCUCCCUCACUCGAAGUGCAAGCCGCAACUCGUGGACGCAUGGCGUGAUGAGGAAGAGCAGUGGCGUGGCGGCCUCAUCUAGCCCACAAAGCUUCCACCAUGCUUGGCAAUCCACCAGUAUGGAUCCCUCAUCCUCUGGCUCCUCAAGCAACGACGUCUCCAUUUCCUCAACGCACAACCGAUCAGCCUCCAAGAGCUUCUUCGGCCCCACGGGACCAACGACUCCCCAGUUGGAGAAGGCACAAGACUCCUUCUUUGAUACGCGAAUCCAUCCGACGAUUGAUACCUCCACGCCCACUCGAUGGUAUACGCCCGCACACUCAAGACAGGCAUCGGCCGCUUCGCCUCCUCCUGGGAGUGGGGCCAAAGAGCCCAAGAGGUUGCGCGGGGUGGUGAUCUCGUAAAGGGCGUGCAUCGCGCGUUGGUUUGCAGUGGAUUGCCUGCUGCCACUCGUACGACGCCGACGCAAGGCGGACGAGCUGCUCCUGCCCCAGACGAAUCUUCGUACAUUACACUCAUACCACU